GACGCACACGCAACUGCUCAUUCCUCUUGCACGUACCGAACGGACUGGUGUCUGUAUGUGCUGUGCAUUGCUUUCAACUGGAAUACGCUGGAGCGAAGCCUACACAGGUCAAACGAGAUUUUGAUUAUAUUGUACAGUGGCGAUAAUCAAAUUUUCCUUGAUGAUAUUCUUUUACUGGGUUGUACUGCUUUCUCGUAUUUACUUUAGGGACUUUUUUCCUAUUAUGAAACUGCUACUGAAUGUUCAGUGAGUUAGGGCUAUUCCAGUUCUCUCAGCAUUGGAUUGUUUGAACUCAACUUGCUAAGUGAAUGCAGCUGAAUUGAAUUGGAAGAACUCCAUGAAUGCUGGAAUAAGAGUGUGAAUCCUAUUUCAAAUAAUUAAUUUAACCCACUCUUUCAAGUUGGCUAUUGUAUGGUUUAUGGAAAUGGAUUUUUGGUCUACUGAUCACUUUGGGAGGUAUUCCCAUAGUAAAAUACCUAAGCUGAUGCCCUAAAGUAUCAGACAACUUUAAAAAAAAAUUUUUUAAACAAAGUCGAAUUACGACUUUGCAGGUAUUGCUCCUUCAAAUCUAGUUGGACUGGAGAACAUGACCACGAGCGGUCAGCAAACUACUGCAACGCCAGGGCCUCUAGACCUGAGGACUAAACGUCGACAUGGAAAAGUCAGCGAGGAGGAUGGAGUGAAUCAUUCUGAGUCUGAGAAGGCCCAGAGUCGCAAUGGUAACUCCAUGGACAAUGCCAAGGUGAAGGUUGAAGAAAUGUUUGUUCAUUCGCAAGGGGGCUCUGGCAACAGCAAUGGAACAAGAGAAGCAGCCAUCGAGCCUCAGCAUCCUUCUAGGUCAACGGCAGUGCCAAGUGUCAAUGAGAGGGCAUUGAAAACAGACCCGAGUCUGGGAAAUAAUGACUGUCCUAUGACGCUUGAUCCUAGGUCUGCAUCGCUCUCUGGAACUUCAUCCUUAAAAUGUGAAACUGACGGCAGCACUGCAGCAAACUGUGAGUCAAGGACAAUGGACCAAUCCGUCUCGAAGCUUCCUUUCAGAAAGCGCCCGUUUCCUGCUGGACAAGAAACGAACGGUCCAUCGAGGACGCCCCCCGGGAGUGAACUCCGCCGGCCCCCCGGGAGUGACGAAGGUGCGAGCCGCUGUCCGGCGAAACAAUCGAGACGAGGCGCGCCCGAGUCCUUGGGCACCCGGCCUCAGGCGCAGCCGCAGCCUGUCCCUGUGAAUGGAGCGCUGCCUGUGGACCCGUAUCGCCAUAUGCCGACAAUCGCAUCAUAUUUGCCUUACCACGGUUACCCACUCUUCACCGCCCCCGGCCUGAUCAUCAAUAUGCCCGUCGCCCCCCUACCGUUCCCCGUCCCCCCGCCGACAGAGCUGGACCACCUGUCCAUAGAUGUGGUGACAUGGCAGGACGAGGAUGGUGAUACGGCUCUCCACAUUGCAGUAGUACAGGAGCAGGAAGAUCUAGUUCACAGACUGAUCUACACUCUGGUCCAGGCUCACAAAGAUCUGGACAUAUACAACAACCUGAGACAGACGCCGCUGCACUUGGCUGUGAUCACCAACCAGGCGGGCCUGGUGGAGGUGCUGUUGCGGGCGGGGUCGGACCCCGGGGCGCUGGAUCGGCACGGACAGACGGCGGCCCACCUGUGCUGCGAGCACGGCCUGCGCGCGUGCCUGGAGCGGGUGCUCACCCAUCCCUCCACCCUCCUCUGCCUGGAGGCCCGCAACUACGAGGGACUGACACCUCUCCACCUGGCUGUUCAGAAUGGGAACAAGAAACUGGUCAAGCUGCUGCUUAACAGCAGAGCUGACAUCGAUGCUGUGGACAUAAAGAGUGGUCGCAGCCCCCUCAUCCACGCAGUGGAAAACAACAACAUAGAGAUGGUCAUCUUCCUCCUCGAGAACGGCUGCAACGUGAAUGCGCAGUCCUACAGCGGGAACACGGCCCUGCACAGCGCCUGUGGGCGGGGCCAGGUGGAGGUGGUCCGGCUCCUCCUCAGGAACGGGGCCGAUAGCAGCCUGAAGAACUACCACAACGACACCGCCCUCAUGGUGGCCAAGAACAAGAAGGUGACAGAUGUGCUGCGUGGGAAAGGGUCCCGUAGCCAGAACCCGAAACCGCUGGAGGGUUCUUCUGAGCCCCCCUCCCCACACAGAUGCACACCACUUUCUCAACAACAUAGUGCUAAUGGAACUCCAGUUCCAUCUCCGAGCCACACCCACCAUCGCUCCCCAUUAGCCACCCACAGUGCCUCCCACAGUGCCUCCCACUCUCCAAGUGCUCCUCCUUUCACACAAUCAACUGAGAGCCAGCCUGGAGAAAAAGAACAACAACUGCAGUCUGUGGUUGUGCACCCCAGCAUGACAGGAGACCACAGUCAGAGGCUGCUCUUCCAAAGUAUGCCUGUUCCACCAGUGUGCAACCCCUACCCAUCUUCCAUAUCAGAUUGUCACAUGAGUGCAAUUAUUCCCAGUUACAGGUAUAAUUUACAUGACCAAAUGACAACAGUUUCCGUGAGAACCUGUUAUGGCCCAGACAACCUCCCCUACCUAGUCACUCAUCAUGCCUCACGAUUUAACCAUGGCCAAUCCCGUCCCUCCAGCCACUGCAGUGACCAAUCAGAUGCAUCUACCAUGAGCAUUAGCAGUGACGGGAAAGGUGAAAGUUGACCUUGGCUAAGAGUAACAGUUGACAGGAGCUUUGAAUCCAUUCACUUACCUCAGUUUACAGAAUUUGUAAUGCGGCACUGUGAACACGUGUUCUUAGAAUGCUACAUUCCAUGCACAGGGAUGUUUUCUGUUUUGUUUUGUUUUGUUUUGUUUUGUUUUGUUUUGUUUUGUUUUGUUUUGUUUUGUUUUGUUUUGUUUUGUUUUGUUUUGUUUUGUUUAGCUACUUAGGGACUGAGUCAGGAAGGAUUUGAUCAAAAAGCAAAUGCGUUCAGAAAAUGACUCUGAUGUCAUGACUGAACGCCAGACAGAAUUUGGUCGGAUAGUAUCAGACUUGAAGGACGUACCACUGAAGAAGGUUAAUGUAGCCUAAAUGGAGCUUGUCUGCAUUGGCAGCAGUUACAUCAUGUGAUUUAGGCUACAUGUAAACCUGCUGUAUGUCCAGUGUAUGCACAGAAUUCAGAAGAACAUUUUCACAUGCUCCCUGUAUUUAUUUCUAGAACCUCACAUGUUGAUAUUUUGUGUUUAAUAUGUAACCUUGGUUUUUUUUUAAUUUUUUUUAAAACAUGAUUUUUACAGCCCACAUGAUAUAAAGAGGUGCACUGCAUUGAGACUGAACAAUAUUUGUCACGCAUAUGGUAAAUGAGUUGAAACUUGCCUUCAUUAAAGCCUUAAAAUGAUCCAUUAAAAUGUAUUGGUCAGACCAAGGGAUCUCUUAUUUAUUUGUAUACCAAAUUCCAAAAUUAUUACAAUUUUUUAAAUUACAUUCCAUACAUUUGUAUUCUUUAUACAAAUUGUGUAAAGGUUGUAGCUAAUUUUAUUACUGUGUGUGAAUAUGCAUAUAUUUGAAAUGACUUGAGAAUAAAUAUUUUUUAUUACAUAAAAAGGA